AUGGUGAACAUUACGGAGAAGAUCAAGGAAGAACAAGGCGACCGUAAACUUGCGCGUCUGAGAGCACAGCUUCUCGAACCCGGUCCAGGAGCUGGAGGGGGUGGCGGAGCAGGGUUCGAUGUCAGUAAGAGUGGUGAUGCCAGGAUAGCCCUAGUCGGCUUCCCCUCAGUCGGUAAAUCGACGUUCCUAUCCAAGGUGACGCGGACGAAAUCCGAGGUGGCCUCGUACGCUUUCACAACUCUCACAGCCAUUCCGGGCGUCCUGGAAUACGGCGGCGCCGAGAUUCAGCUGCUCGAUCUGCCCGGUAUCAUCGAGGGCGCUUCCGAAGGCAAGGGAAGAGGAAGGCAGGUCAUUUCGGCGGCCAAGACGAGCGACUUGAUCCUAAUGGUACUGGAUGCCACCAAGAAGGCGGAGCAGCGAGCUCUGCUCGAGGCCGAGUUGGAGGCUGUCGGCAUCCGCCUCAACAGAGACCCACCAAACAUCUACCUCAAGGCGAAAAAGGCCGGCGGCAUGAAGAUCACGUUUCAGAACCCGCCCAAGGCCAUGGACGAGAAGAUGGUCUUCAACAUCCUGCGCGACUACAAGAUCCUCAACUGUGAGGUGCUCGUACGCGACGAGAACGCGACGGUGGACGACCUCAUCGACGUCAUCAUGAAGGACCACCGUAAGUAUAUCAAGUGUCUAUACGUGUACAACAAGAUCGACAGCGUCUCGCUCGACUUCCUCGACAAGCUCGCGCGCGAGCCACAGACAGUCGUCAUGAGUUGCGAGCUCGACCUCGGCAUACAGGACGUCGUCGAUCGCUGUUGGGAGGAGCUCAAGCUCAUCCGCAUCUACACGAAGCGCAAGGGUAACGACCCUGACUUUAGCGAGGCCCUCAUCGUGCGGAGCAACAGCACAAUCGAGGACGUCUGCGACCGCAUCCACAGGACGCUUAAAGACACCUUCAAGUACGCGCUCGUUUGGGGUGCGAGCGCCAGACAUAUCCCGCAGAGGGUGGGACUCGGGCACAUGGUGGCGGAUGAGGACGUCGUCUACAUUGUGAGCGCGUGGAAGGCAUAAAACGAACGAAGGAAGGAAGACGAGGAACAUGGAAGACGGGCGAAGAUCAACGGUAACGAGGAUUUGUAUUUCCUGCUCAGGCCGGCCGAUGAUGCGGUGGCAGCCGAUGGAUAUAGCCCCUCCUAGAAUCCUAGUAGCGAAAAAAGUGGUAGAAGGGGAACAAAAGAAAGGAAAAAAAGGAAAAGCCUGAUAUCAUUUCGUGUCAUGUCAUGGUGUACAGCAACUCCCUUAUCCUGGAGUAAGACAGUGGUCUACCCGUUAAACGCCGAUGAACCCUAUCCCGCCUCCCCCAAAUCAAGAGACCAAGAGGUCA